AGGAGGCGUUUAUCCAGAAGAGACGUAAAUGUCAGCCCUGGUAGGAGCCGGCGUGACUACCGGCGCAGCCCUCCCCGGGGCAGACCCAGACCGCCUCCACCACCCCCUUGGGACAGGAGAAACGACUAUUACGAUGAUCAGGAAUACUAUGAUUACUACGAUGAUGACUAUUACGAGGACGAAGAUUACUAUGAAGGACCGCCCACGUUGCCCCUCCCUCCCAGAAGGUCGAGGUCACCAGGAGCUGGCAGACCAAGGUCAGCGCCCCCACGCUGGGGAAGUCCUAGCUCCCCAGGCAGGCGGAGGAGGAGGAGGCCUGACUAUGACCAGUAUGAGGAAGAAGAAGAUGACAUGGACAUUAGGGAACUUCAUGCUCGCAGCCCAACUAAGAACCAAGAGAGCCAAACUAUCAAUCAAAGUGACCAAAGCCUGCAGGUGGACACCACAGCAGAUCAGAGUUCCUUUGUAAAUAUUUCUUUUGACACGUCUAAAGAAAAGCCAGAAGAGGAGUCUGGGAAGAGCCUAUCGUUGCUGCUCACUGAGCUGGAUGCAGUCAAGGAAGAGUUGCCAUCAAGUGAAGGAGAUUACAGCCUUGGUGAUGCAACCUUAGAUGAGUUGCUGGAGAGGAUAGCCAAGGCAGAGACAGGUACAGCCAUAGAGAGGGAUGGCCAGAUGAUCCUGGACAGGAUUAACAACACCAAGAACAGGAAGAAGCGCAUCACCAGUGAGGAGAUGAGAGCUAUCAUAGACGAGAGGGACUCUGCUGCAGAGAAGGUGAAGAGACUAGAGCAGGAGCUGGCAGGGUACAGGAAGAUGGCUGACCGCUCAGGCAAGGCUGUGGUGCCUCGACAGAACAACCAGGAACAGGCACUUAAGGAACAGCUUACUGCCACCCGACAGGAGAGGGACAUGUCUUUCGCCAAAAUCAGAAAGCUGGAGGAGGAGGUUCAGCAGCUUCAGGUGUACUACAGCCUGCACAAGUCUCUGUCGCAGGAAGCCAGCAUGCGCGAGCAGUUCAACAACACGCUGAACGUGGUGGAGGACCAGCUGGCACAGCGGGACACCAUCGUGAUGCAGACACACCGGUACAGCGAGGAGCUGGCGCUGCAGCUGAAGGGCGUGCUGGAGGAGCGAGGCUCGCUGGAGGCACAGCUGCAACAGGCACGGCAGGGGCAGCAGGAGGCACAGGACAGGGCUGAAAAAUUAGAAAGACUUGUGAAUGUGCUGAGAAAGAAGAUCAGUGGUGGAGUUGUGAAGACUGUCAACUGAGAUCACCACACGAGGUUCAGCCUGUUACAGUUUCACACAUAUUGGGACCAGCAGCUGGAAAAAGAGUGGAGCCAAGAGAAGUUGUUCAGGAAAAUGGGACCAACGUUGCAAUACCAGACACAUGGAAAGGUUCUGCCAUGUCUUUCCUUGAACUCAUUCUAAGAAAUGGAUGGAAUUUGCUUGUGUAACAGUGGAUAACAGACAGCUUGGAUCAUCCAUCAGCAUCAAGACGUGUUUCUGAGAAGCAGCCCUGCGCAUAGGCCAUAUUUGUGUAGGCAGUCCAGGAGAUCACAUUUACCCCUCAUAGUCCAUUGUACAACUGUACUGGACUUGUGAGACCAGGUUUCUUAACAAAUGGCAUUUUCUAAAAUGUUUGUGUCAUUUAAGAACCAAGCAGGUGGACUAGUGCAGUAUUAGGAAGCAGAGGAACAUUAUUUGUUAAACAUUACAUGUAAAUCAUUUUGAGGAAGUAUGACUUUAGUAGUAGGAGUGUUGAAUCAUAAAAUGUUGAUCAUUAUCUAUAUUGUAUCAGACGUUAGAAGCCUAGCGUAAAUUACUAUAAUCAAUCAUGGUAAUGUUCCGGCCAAUUUUAUACUUUUGUAUACACAUUGUAUUUUAUUGUAGAAAGUUUGUGAAGUGUAUAGAAGAGAAUGGGCGAGGUACCAUACUGUUUGUGCCAGCUGGUAAUUAAGUUAAUGGUCUUUGAUGUGAGAGUUCAUGAGAUGAGUUUAUAGCUGUAAUGAUGAUGGGGCUGUGAGCAGUGGAGAUGCCUGUAAACACACUAAUGCUCUAAUUCUAGACUGAACGUCAACAGCGCGGGCCUGGCACCACACUGAGGAAGGAGAAGCGGAAGUUAGCGGUGACAUAAGCGCUGUGUGCUGCCUGGAGUUUUAUACUGGCGAGACUUAGGACCAGUAUUAACUACGUGUGUGUCCGGCACCCAAAUCCUUCCUUCCUCAAACAGUGGGUGGAGUGAGAGUGGUUGUGGGGUGGGUGUUGCCUGCAGGUGUGAGGUUUACCUGUACAGGUGUACCUCUCCUCCCCGUACCGGGGCCAGAGGUGACCCGCGGGCAUGGCGACAGGACGGGCCGCGCUGUAGACAGCCGGAUGAUUGAUUGGGAAGGAAUUUGCCCGCCCCAUAUUAUCAAGGACAGCUUAUCAGUGUUCAAACAAUAAAGGUAAAUGAAGUCUUUUA